UGCAGCUCUAUUUCUGUAGGCAGCUGAGGACUGGUGAGCGUGCGCAAGGGACACAAGGGAGACACCUUCAAGCUCAAUGCUCGUGACCGAAAGCAAGCUCGUCCCCAUGGCGUGUCAUUGAGCAAAUCCUGGUCAUCGGCUUUAGUUGAGAGAGAGAGUGGAAUAUUGAAGCAUGGCCGGAGAGACGCUGCGCCUUUGCGCCUUUGUAAUGUGCGCGAUCCACGCGAGCUCUGGAUUUAACAUUGACACGCAGUUCCCGAUCAUCAAAGAGGGAAAAAACAAAGGCAGUUUCUUCGGAUUUUCAGUUGCAUUACACAAACAGACGGGGAAAAUCGAGCAACACUUGUUGUUGGUCGGGGCUCCUCAAGAGAAAGCCCAAGCCUCCCUCAGCAAGUUUAACAUCAAUCAGACCGGAGCUGUGUAUUCCUGCCCCAUCACCACCGCCCGAGAUGACUGCAGGACCAUGGAUCUCAUCACUCCACCACAAUCCACAGAGAUGGUGGAGGGUAUGUGGCUGGGAGUCACUGUGGCCAGUCAGAAGAAUGGAGGACGUGUGCUGGCAUGUGGUCACCGCUACGUCAAAAUACUUCUGGGUGCAGAAGAACAGCAACGCAUGGUGGGCAAAUGUUACGUGCGUGGCAACGACCUCAGCUACGACCCGUCCGAUUACUGGCAGUCUGACACUUACGAGCUGUGCGACUUCAACUAUGACCAGAAUCUGGAGGGCAUGUGUAACAUGGGCAUCUCAGGGGGGAUGACGGAGAGCGACGUGUACUUCGGGGCACCGGGCAGCUUCGUGUGGCAAGGUAACGUCCACAUGAAAUGCAGAGACACCAACUCAGAUUUCGAGGGCGAUGCCGAUGAGAAAAGCUUCGGAAAGCUGGCCGAGGAUCGGCUCAACAUUUACAUAGGUUACUCAGUGCUGGAGGACAUAAAGUUACUGCAUCGCUCAGAGUACACUGUGGUGACGGGCGCUCCCAGAGACGGCUUCAGGGGUUCUGUCAUCAUGGCACAGAAAACCGACAGAGACCUGACUCUUCACCCACUGAACAUUUCAGGGGAACAGAUAGGCUCGUACUUCGGCAGCAGCUUGGCGGUGACAGACCUCAACAAUGAUGACUGGAACGACCUGAUUGUCGGCGCUCCUUUCUACUUUGAACGCUACAACGAGGAAGGGGGGGCCGUGUACAUUUACAUGAAUGACAACGGAUCCUUCAAGGAAAAGGCCAGCGUGGUUCUGAAGGGGAAGAAGGGUUCUGGUUUUGGAUUCGCUGUGGCCGCAGUGGGAGAUGUCAAUCAGGAUGGGUUUCAAGAUUUUGCUGUGGGUGCUCCUUUCCAAGAUUCUGGAAAAGUCUACAUUUGGAUGGGGGGUAAAAGUGGAAUAACAAAGGAACCCAGUCAGGUGAUAGAGGGAAAAUCUCUGCUCACCGGAGGCUUCCAGACGUUUGGUUAUUCUCUGAAUGGAGGAAUGGAUGUUGAUGGGAAUGAUUACCCUGACAUUGUCGUGGGAUCUCUGGAUGACCACGUUGCUCUUUUGAGGGCACGCCCCGUCAUCCACCUCUCCAAAAUCUUUACAGUGGAGCCAAAGAUUGUGAUUCCAAGCCAAUGUGUUGUUAAUUCCUGUAUAAAGGUGAAGGUGUGUUUCAGCUACAUCCUCAGCAAUGGAAACAAAGCCUUUAAGAAGGACAUCGCUGUGAGGUACACAGUGGAUGCUGACCAUAAUCGCCGCGGCGCCCGAGUCCGUUUCCUUGACAACAAGCUGAGCACAUUCACAGGCCUUCUCUCUUUCUCUGCUCCCACAUGUAAAGAGCUGGAGCUCAGUGUUAUUACCCCUGUACUGGACAAACUACAGCCUAUAGUCUUCACUCUGAACGUGUCACUAGAUGAACAGAAAACAACAGCACAACAAACAUUACAGAACCUGGACGCUUUUCCUGUGUUGAGCGGCCAGCAGACCCUGACGGACAAAACUGAGAUUAACUUUCAUAAGGAGUGUGGUGCUGAUAACAGGUGUAGCAGUAACCUGCAGCUCCAGGCCAAGUUUGCAGAUGAGAACUUCGUUCCCUUUCCAGGUCAGAUGAUGGAGUUCAACAGUAAUAUAAAGAAGCUGGUGAUGUUGGUUGAGGUCACAAAUGUGGCAGAUUCGAACAGAGAGGCUGAGGACGCGCAUCAGGCCACGCUCAACAUCACCAUUCCACACACGCUGAAGUACUCAGGGCUCCGAACUCCGUUUGGUUUUGAUGUCCAGUGCACAGCAGACAAGGCUGUUCUAUGUGAUCUGGGAAACCCAUUUAAAAGCGCUCAGAAGGCUUCACUGAUAUUCAUCUUUGAAACGUCUGGAAUCACACUUUACACAGAGUUCAUCGACUCUCAGCUUCAGCUCUCCACUUUUAGUGAGCAGAAAGAUCUUCUUCCUUUUCCUGUGACACUCAAAGUCAAGAACACCAUCCUCUCUUCAUUCUCCUUAGAAAGACCAAUGGUGGACACGUCCUUCAGUGGAAAUGUGGUUGGAGAGUCUGCCAUGAGAAGCAUCGGUGAUGUGGGGAGUCCAGUAGAGUUUGUGUUUCAUGUGCGUGUGUUGGGAGAGCCGCUGGGAGAUAUGGGAACUCUAAUGAUUGAUUUUGAAUGGCCGUUUGAGGUAACCAAUGGGAAAUGGCUGCUGUAUCUCACAGAGAUAGUCGUGAAAGGAACAUCAGAGUCACGCUGCGUCCCGUCGGGCAAUAUUGUCAACCCCCGCAACCUCACACUGUCAGAUGAAGGUGCUAAGCGACUCAAAAGAGACGUGGACACCAGUUUCCCUUACGCGGAAGCUGCGAUUACAGUUCUGACACCUCGCAAAGUGACUCAUUUACUGGAGUGUUCAAAGCGAACGGCUCGCUGUGUGACGUUCUCCUGCCCGCUGAAGAACAUGUCGAACCACGCCGAGAUCAAAGUCCGCUCUCGUGUGUGGAACAGCACCAUGCUGGAGGAUUAUGGCAACGCCUUACGAGUACAGGUACGAGGCCAGGCGACGCUGAGACUGCUGACUGAUAAACCUGCCAUCAAAAUGGAUAGUCAGACCAGAGAGUUUCAAGUGAACAUUGAUCCGGUUCUGGGAGAGGAGGCGCCGUAUGAAGUUCCUCUGUGGAUCAUCAUCGUUGCAGCGAUUGCUGGAAUAGUGUUAUUGGGCAUCAUCAGUUUAAUUCUGUGGAAGUGCGGUUUCUUCAAGAGGGCUGUUUACUACAGGAUGAUGCCAAAGUACCACGGUGUGAAGGUUCGCAGAGAGCAGCGCUACGCGUUUAACAAGGCCUUUCAGCCUGAGCAAGAACUCGCCAAGAAGCUCUGGGUCACCAACUGGACAGAAAUGCACCAAUAAUAUUACUACUGAACUCUACAAAGGCUGCGCUCACAGAGCCAGGGGCACGAGCCGAUUGGAGGAUUUAUUUUAUUACCUUAACAAACACUGGAUGAUGGCUUUCAGAGAUGUCGGUCGCACAAUGAGCUCUAAAGAACAAAGUGCAAUAUCUGUGCAAUAUCGCCUCUGUUUUACAGAUCAUUCGAAUUUGAUAAGAGCAAACAUGUUUUGAUGAACCUGGGACGUCUCUGAUUUAGCUGUAAAGAAAUGCUUUAUUUUCCUAUUGCUAUAGUACAGUUUGUAAAUAUUUUUUGGCCUUUUCAGGUUCCAUAUGUGUGUUGUGUUGAAUCGGGAUUCCUCAUUACACUGUUAAACAUUUUACAAAUAUUUAAACAAGGUGAUUUUGCAUAGAAGUCAGAUGAUGUCUGCUUUGGAUUACCUAAAGCAGGAUAUUUCACUCAUCAACUGUGUUGAAUUCUGAUCUGAGACCCGAGCCGAGGACAAAAGCCCUGCUUCCCAGUUCAGUCCCUUUGUCUAUUGUGAUUUCCAGGUACUGAAACAGUCUGUGUUGACUGGGACAUCCAGCCCUCCAAUGGAGGAAGUGUGAUAUAUUCAUCAUUAUUCAUUAUGACUAGAGAUGCACCGAUAUAUCGGCCAAUAAUCGGUAUUGGUCGAUAAAAGCAUUUUUUCAUGUAGUUUAAAAACAGCCUAUAUAUCCUAGAUCCAGUUUGAUGUUCAACAUUAAUAGUCAUUAUAUGAAUUAAUAACAUUCAGAAAGUUAAAAAAUUAUCAUUAAAUCUUAAGGAUCAGUA